AUGGUGAUGGAGAAUGUUAGAGAGAUUAGCAGGAAGAACGGGGCAAACCUCGGGAUUUUGGAGGCGAGGGUGAAUGCUGGGAAGAAGCUGGAUAUGGCAUGUGAACGUAGUGAUUGGAUCUUGGGGCAAGGUCUCGCUCAUAAGCUGAAUAUCCACGUCAUUCAUCCUGCUGACGGCGGUGGCCAAAUGCCUACAGCUGUGCUAAAGGCCCUCGGGAUUCCUCGGCCAGCAGUGCCCACUCGACAAGCAGAGCAGAUUGCAACAGAUAAGCAGUCCCAAAGAAAAGACCUGUGCAUCGCUUGCGACACUGCGCUGCCCCUCGGUGAUACACGCACUCAGCACCCUCUUGUGGAAGGAGCUGUUUGUGAAGACUGCCGUGAAAACCUUCUUGAGAGUUUGUUUGCCAUCGCUCUGGAUGAGCGAUUCUCCCGUUGCAUCGAGAGUAAGGUCAAACUUUGGCUGCAGGAUAAGCUUGGUGAAGUGCAGCUCAACAAGGUUGCAGAGGGAUCUGAGGAGUACUAUACUCGCCAAAACUUGCUUAGUACGGCAGUGCGUGUUCAAAAAGAGGCAAAUAAAGACCCUGUGGACAGCCACAUGAAGGCUGCACAAGUGUUGUUGAAGGAAUACUACGACCAAUUGGGGAACAAACGCACCUUUGAAGAGGGAAGUCAGGCAUAUUGCUUUAUCUGUGGAUAUGGUGACGUUCUAUUCAUUUGUGACAAUGUGGAUUGCGGCAGGUGCAUUUGUUCCCAGUGCUUAGAGCGACUUAUCGGUGAGAGGGAACCUGAAAAGGUGUCUAGGUGCUCUCCUUGGCACUGCAACAUCUGCGAGGGGCGUUCAGCUGGCCGCCUUCAGCCACGGCCUGACUGGGAGGCUCGUGUAAUUGAGUUCUUCAAGAAUCCACAGGCUGUGGUGCCUCCUGUCCCGGAUCAGCUUCCUCGACGGAGCUUGCACGUGCUAUCCCUGUUCGAUGGGAUCGCAACAGGAAAGUACGUGCUGGACCAACUGGGCCUCUCAGUGGAGGCAUACUAUGCCAGUGAAGUAGACAAGGACGCCAUUCAUGUUGGCCUGACUCGUCAUGGAUCCUCUAUUAUUUACCUGGGGCCAGUAGAACACCUGAAAGACCAAAAGCUCCAGGAACUGUGUCCCAUCGACCUUCUUAUUGGUGGCUCCCCAUGUAACGACCUAGCGAACGUCAACCCAAAUAAGAAAGGCCUAUAUGAUCCAACAGGCACGGGUAUACUCUUUUUUGAAUUCUACCGAGUCUUGCGCACUGUGUUACAAGCGAAUGGGGGAAGGCACCUCUUCUGGAUGUUUGAAAACGUCGUUGCCAUGCCACGGGAGUAUCGGAGGGUCAUUUCACGUUUCCUCCAGUGUGAGCCGGUACUAUUGGACGCCUGUAGCUUCUCGGCUCAAGCAAGGGCUAGGCUGUUCUGGGGCAAUAUUCCUGGUAUGCAUAUGUCCCUAAACCCUGAACUAGUACAGCGUACCAGUCUACAAAGCAUCCUUCACCCGCUUCUGAGAAGGAAAGCUGCAGUUGCUAAAGUGCGAACACUGACAACAAAUGCAAACUCCCUGCGGCAAAGCAAACAUGGACUCCUACCUGUCAUCAUGGAUGGAGAAGGAGACGUGCUCUGGGCCACAGAGCUAGAAGAGCUGUUUGGAUUCCCGAAGCACUACACGGACGUGGGCAACAUUUCACUGGGCAAACGACGCCAGUUGCUGGGAAAAGCCUGGAGUGUGCCAGUGGUGUGCCACAUUUUGCGGCCGCUGCGAUCCUUCUUCCUUCACUCACAAGCUACAGCCUCAUCAUAA